CUACAACCUUGCCUACUUAGGUACUCAAUAUGAACAAACUACCACUAAAGAAACCUAAGUUGGAAGUUUUGGGUGUCCCAUGUAUGGGAACGCUACCUAAGUCACAAGCUUGAAGCAAACCUUCCUCAAGAACUGCUCCGUACUCCGUACUUGAAUACCCCUCCAUUUCCCACUUUUACGGUAGGUAGUUCUUAUAAGAGCACCACCAACAAACACUAGUGCUCUUUAACAAGUUUUUUUUUAUAUAGAUCUACUCGAAGACGUGGAUGUGAUAUUCAAUAUAUUUGAAAUCAUGGCACCAUCCAGCAACCUACCAUCAUUUCAGCGGGCAAGUGAAGCCGCAUCUUUCUUGAAGGAAAGACUGCCAGAGAUCCUGAAGGCUCCUCGCGUUGCAAUCGUUUGUGGAUCUGGUCUGGGAGGUCUUGCGAGCACACUCCAUGAACUUCCUCGAGUAGAAUUUGACUACGCUUCUAUACCUUACUUUCCAAAGUUAACAGUGGCAGGACAUGCUGGGAAAUUAGUUUUUGGGCUUCUUAAUGGCCAAGUUCCAGCUGUUUUGAUGGUCGGUCGCGCUCAUUAUUAUGAGGGGCAUUCGGUUGAUGACGUGACGUUCCCCGUACGUGUUUUCAAACUUCUAGGGAUCGACUCCAUGAUCUUAACCAACGCCGCUGGAGGACUGAACCCCGACUAUAUGGUAGGAGACGUUGUAUUGAUAAACGAUCACAUAUUCCUAGCCGGUCUGGCAGGGAUUCACCCACUGCGCGGGCCGAAUUCUGAAGAGUUUGGGCUUCGAUUCCCUCCGCUGUCGGAUGCUUACGACCUCGAGUUGCGUCGCCACGUCCAUCAAGCCUGGAACAGGGUAAUUGGUACAGACAAAAGUAAACUCCACGAAGGUGUCUACGCCUUCGUUGGGGGACCUAGCUACGAGACCAGAGCUGAAUGUCGCAUGCUUCGCCAGCUUGGCGCAGAUUUAGUCGGCAUGUCGACCGUGCCGGAGAUUGUUGUCGCCCGGCAUUGUGGGAUUCGAGUCCUGGCCCUCAGCCUAGUAACAAACAAAGCUGUUUUUGCCCCCAUACCCCGAGGAGACGCCCAUAUUCUCCAAGGAAAGAGUAUGACAGAGCUGGAUGCCAUGUUGCAAGAAGGGAAGGCGAAUCACGAAGAAGUUCUCGAAGCUGGCCGCUCUGCGGCAACCAAUAUGCAGAAACUCAUUGUACAAACGGUUGCCAAUAUCUUCAACCCGAGCUCGUGAGACUGCAAACCCAGCCAUCGUGGACAGAACAGGUAGCAACAUCUGAUUGGCACUGGAUAGCGAGAACCUUUGACUGUAAGCAGAAG